AUUGGCCAAUAGGAGCGGCCGCUGUGCAUCGUCAGCCCCGCCUCCCGCCUUGCAAGCUCCGCAUGGGACCUGUCACCUGACCCGACUGAAACAUGGCUGCGCUGGGGGCCCUGUGGCUGUGGGCACCGGCGGCGGGAGGUGAUCCACGAAGGAGAAAAUUGAGCAUGUGUUCUGCGUGAUUCAUCCCUUUCUGUCUCCCUGCACUCUGUGCUGGGAAAAUGCAUCAUCCAUUUGGAAAAGAGGAGACCGCCUCCCAGAAGGAGCUUUUUGGAUUUUUCUGUGAGUGCCUUCGGAGAGGAGAGUGGGAGCUGGCACAGGCAUGUGUGCCUCAGCUACACGAGGCAGAAGGGGAUGUCCCCAAGAAGGUGGAGGAUAUUCUACAGGCGCUGGUGGUGUGUCCACAUCAGCUGAGAUGUGGACAGGACAUCAACCCUCAAAAAUUAGCCUGGGUCUGGCUUCUUGUACUGGAAAAAUGGUUUGCCCAAGAAAAAAAGUCACUCCCAGCUGUUUUCCGGAGAAAGCUAGAAUUUCUUUUAUUAUCAGAAGACCUUCAAGGUAACAUUCCAGAGGACAUCCUCCAGGAGCUGUAUGAGGCUUUAUCACAAGGCACCGCAGACCCCGUGCUUGACGAAAAUCGAAGGCCGGAGAGCUGGACCCUUCGGCUCAGCUCAGAAGCUGUCUCUGUGCUCUUGGGUCUUCUGAGCCAGGCUCCCCAGCCAGCGCAGGCCCUGCUGGACCUUCUGCUUGGGGAAGAUGAUGGCGCCGGCCCUGGUGGCUGGCCUCUGCAGAAGGCGCUGGUGGACCGCAUUCGAAAAGCACUGCGAGCUUUGCAGGACCCCGCCCCUGGGCCCCUGGGGGAUGUGGAGGCCAUCUACGCAGCCCUGCGGACUCUGCGUUGCCCUGCAGAGCCCCUGGGGGCUGCGCUGCGUCUCCUGUGUGAGGAAUUACUGGAGGCCUGCAGGACUGAGGGCAGUCCCCUACAGGAGGAGCGGCUGCUCGGCUGCCUGCUGCACAAGGCUGGACGGGGCCUGCUCGCCCUGUACGGCCAGGCCUAUGCAGAGAAGGCCGCAGUGAAGCCACUGAAGGCGGCCUUGUCGGGAGAAGUCUCACCGGAUCAUCUAGAUCCCGAGCGGGCAAUGCUAGCCUUGUUCUCCAAUCCCGACUCGGCCGAGGCUUGGAAACUGGCCUAUUUCUACUGCCUGAGCAACGGCAAGCACUUCCUCGAGCAGAUCCUGGUGACAGCACUGACACUGUUGAAAGAGGAAGACUUCCCAAGUCUUGGCUGCUUAUUGGAUAGAGAAUUCCGGCCUCUCAGUCGACUGCUUGUGCUCCUGGGCUGGACACACUGCCAGAGCCUAGCAUCAGCCAAGAGGUUGCUGCAGACACUUCACAGGACCCAGGACCAGGGUGGUGAUAAGCUCCUCAGGGAUGCCUGCAAUGGGCUGUGGGCUCACCUGGAGGUCCUGGAGUGGUGUGUGCAACAGAGCAGCAGCCCCAUACCAAAGAGGGACCUCUUGUGUCAUUUACACGGUGGAGACAGCCACUCAGUGCUCUACUCUCUCCAUCACCUCACAAACCUUCCAGCCCUCAGGGAGGAAGAAGUUCUCAAGCUCUUACAGAAGGUGCCAGCCAAGGAGCCCCAGCAAGAGCACGAUUCAGCGGGUGCUCCAGGCCUUGAGCACCUGAGCCAGUGCCAGAACCUGACACUCUACCGGAGCUUUUGUGCCAUGAAGUAUGCCAUCUAUGCCCUGUGUGUGAACUCACACCAGCACACCCAGUGCCAGGAAUGCAAAGACAGUCUCUCAGAAGACCUGGCUGUGGCUGCAGAGCCAGUGAAUGAUUCUGUCUCCUCAGGUGCUUCAAAUCUCUUCUCAACAUACCUGGCCAGGUGUCAGCAGUAUCUGUGCCGCGUUCCUGACUCUCUGCGCCUGGAACUUCUAGAAAACAUCUUCUCGUUGCUCCUCGUCACCUCUGCCGAUCUUCACCCAGAGCCUCACCUGCCCGAGGACUAUGCUGAGGAGGAUGACAUUGAGGGGAAGGACCCGUCAGGUUUGAGGUCCCCACCAGAGAGCCCUCAGCACAUUGCACAGCCUGAAAGGAAGUCAGAACGGGGUUCCCUGGGAGUUGCCAGGAGCCUUGCUGAUACACUUCCAAGCUGUCUGAAGACAGAGCCGAAAGACAGUUCCGCAGAGCCCCACGGGCACAGCUUUUUGGACCUCGAGCACCUUACCAGUGGUGUCAGCGGGUUCCUGGCUGAUGAGUUUGCAAUGGGGGCCUUCCUCAGGCUCCUCCAGGACCAGCUGGAGGAGCUCAGCAGCCACAGUCCACCUGAGGACCCAACGCUGCCGGAAGGCCAGAACUGCCCGGAGAGCAGACCUGGACCGCAGAGCCGCCUGCACCGGUUUUCCAAGGUUCUCUCUGAGGCCCAGUGGAGAUACAAGGUGGUAACAAGCAACCAGAGCUCAGAGGAGCAACCUUUCCGAAGAUACCGGCCCAUCGCCACACGGCACCCUACUCUCCGCCGGGGUCGUCGGACACGAAGGAGCCGGGCAGAUGGCCGGGACAGAAGUUUCAAUCCAUCCCUGGAAAGUACAAGUAGUGAGCUGAGCACAAGUACUUCAGAGGGAAGUCUGAGCAUCGUGUCUGGAAGGAAUGAGUUGGAUGGCCUGUUGCAGCCCCAAACUCAAAGUUCAUUCAUCCCCAUGAUGUUCUCCCCACCUGAGUCGCUGCUGGCAUCCUGCAUCCUCCGGGGGAACUUUGCAGAAGCCCAUCAGGUGGUGUUCAUGUUUGACCUGAAGUCCUCGCCCAGCUCAGGGGAGCUGAUGUUCGUGGAGCGCUAUCAGGAGGUGAUCCAGGAGCUGGCCCGUGUCGAGCACAAGAUUGAGAACCAGAACUCAGACGGGGGUAGCAGCACCAUUCGAAGAACUGGCAGUGGCCGCUCAACUCUACAGGCCAUUGGCAGCGCUGCGGCGGCAGGGAUGGUAUUUUAUUCCAUCUCGGACGUGACCGACAAGCUGCUCAGCUCCUCUGGAGACCCCAUCCCCACCCUCCAGGAGGACUUCUGGAUAAGCAGCACCCUGCUGGAGCCCACUGACCCCCUCAGAGAGGUUCUGGAAGAGCUCAGUCCCCCCGCCAUGGCUGCGUUCGACCUUGCUUGCUCUCAGUGCCAGCUCUGGAAAACCUGCAAGCAGCUCUUGGAAACAGCUGAGCGACGUCUGAACAGCAGCCUUGAGAGCCGGGGUCGGCAGCUAGACAAUGUCCUCCCCAGUGCUGAUGGCAUUCGGGGUUUUCCAGGUGUUCUUCAGCAAAUCAGCAAGAUUCUCAAUUAUUCACUUUUGUCAGCUGGACAAACUAAAUCAGACAGUGUAGAAGAGAAAGGAGGAGGCCUUGCACGGUGCAGCAUCGCUGAGCUGCUUCAGACCUCCUGGCCCAGCCUCACUGAGGACUGCGCCGCCAGCCAUGCCGCCCUCUCCCAGCAGCUGGACCAGAUCCUUCAGUCGCUGAGGGAGGCACUGGAGCUGCCAGAGCCCAGGAGUUCUCCGCUCUCGUCCCUGGUGGAACAGGCGGCCCAGAAAACUCCAGAGGCAGAGGCCCACCCUGUGCACAUCCAGACUGAGCUCCUUCAGAAGACCCUGGGCAGACAGGCCCCCGUGGGCAGCGGGCAGACUGACUACAUGGGCACCUUCUCCAGUUACUGCAGCACCUUGGCUGCAGUUCUCGUUCAGAGUUUGCGCUCUGAGUCUGAUCACGUGGAGGUCAGAGUUGGAAAUCCCUUUGUUCUCCUGCAACAAAGCUCUUCCCAGCUGGUGUCACACCUCCUGCUUGAGCGACAAGUUCCGCCAGACAGGCUCGCAGCCCUUCUGGCCCGAGAGGAACUCAGCCUGAGUGUGCCUCAGGUCAUCGUCAACUGCUGCUGUGAGCCCCUUGCCCUUUGCCCUUCCCUGCAGAGCCAACAGAUGUCAUCUCUCCUGACCCACCUGGGCAUCCUGGCCCAGCUGCACUCCUCUCACUGCCUGGAGGACCUCCCUCUUUCUGCAGAGAGCUCCCCAAAGCCUACUGAGAACCCCACAUCAGAGAAAAAGCCCAGCUCCUCCUCAAAGGAUUCAUCACCCUCAGCCCUCACCUCCUCUGCCUUGGCCUUCCUUAAAUCCCGCUCUAAGCUGCUGGCUACAGUGGCCUGUCUGGGGGCUUCCCGGGGACCAAAGGUCACCAAGCCCAGCUUAUGGAAGGAGCUUCGUGGCCGCAGGGAGGUACCCCUCACUGCAGAACAGGUAGCCCGGGAGUGUGUUCGCCUUCUGGAACAGUUUCCUAUGCUGGAGGCCUCACUCCUGGCCGCCUGGGAGCCCCUUCAAGGGUCCUCCAAGCAGGAGCAGAGUCUGGCAGCUAGUCUCUGUGGCCAGGCCAGUCUCUCCACCGUCCUCCUGGGCCUGCAUUCUCCUGUUGCCCUGGAUGUGCUCACUGAGGCCUUCAAGGAAGCCCUGGAGGCCAGAGAUUGGCCCCGGGCCCUGCAGCUCACUGACGUGUACGGUCGAGACAUGGACGACUGGAGCAGCAUCCGGGAUGCAGUCCUGAGCUGUGCUGUGGCAAGUGACCAAGAAGGUUGGCAGUACCUGUUUCCUGUGAAGGAUGCAUCUCUGAGAAGCCAGCUAACCCUAAAGUCUGUGGACAGGUGGCCCCUGGAGUCGUGCCUGGAGAUCCUGGCCUACUGCAUUUCAGACACAGCUGUCCAAGCUGAACUAAGGUGCGAACUACGGAGAAAGCUGGCGGAGCUGCAGAUGUAUCAGAAGAUUCUAGGUUUGCAGGCUACCCCAAUGUGGUGUGACUGGCAGACCCUGAGGAACUGUUGUGUUGACGACCCAUCAACUGUCAUGAAUGUGAUUUUAGAAGCAAAGGAGUAUGGACUGUGUGAGGAGUGGGGCUGCCUGUACCCCAUUCCAAGAGAACACUUAAUCAGCCUACAUCAAAAGCAUCUUCUUUAUCUUCUAGAAGGAGGAGAUCAUGAAAAGGCUCUGCAGCUUCUGCGAAGAAUUCCUGACCCUUCCAUGUGCCUUGAGGUCACAGAGCAAGCCCUCGAUCAACACCCUAGCUUGGCCACAUCUCACUUCUUGGCCAACUACCUCACCACCCACUUCUAUGGAAAACUGACUGCUGUUCGACACCGUGAAAUCCAGGCACUGUACAUGGGAUCCAAGGUUCUGCUGACCCUGCCUGAGCAGCACCGGGCCAGCUAUUCCCACUUGUCCACUAAGCCCCUGCUCAUGCUAGAGCAGCUGCUCAUGAACAUGAAAGUAGACUGGGCCACCGUGGCUGUGCAGACUCUGCACCCGCUGCUAGCCGGGCAGGAGAUCGGCUUCACCAUGGACGAGGUGGACUCCCUGCUCUCCAGAUACGCGGGGAAAGCGCUGGACUUCCCGUACUCUCUGAGGGAGAAGCGAUCAGAUUCUGAGAUUCACCUCCAGGAAACUGUGGGUCAGGCUUCAGACCUCGAGACCUUGACUAGGUCACCAUCAACAGAGUUCUCUUCUGCUACUGCUCCUGGUCAGGGUGUCUCCAUUGUACGUUCCCCCAGUCCGAAGGAGAGGAGUGUCCCACCGAGCCAGCCCCCUCUGGAGUUUGUGCCCCCAGCGACGCCCCCGAGCAGGCACCAGUGGGUACCGGAUGAGAGCGAGAGUCUCUGCAUGGUCUGCUGCAGGGAGCACUUCACUAUGUUUAACAGGCGUCAUCAUUGUCGCCGCUGCGGCCGGCUAGUGUGCAGUUCCUGCUCCACUAAGAAAAUGGCUGUGGAAGGCUGCAGGGAGAACCCUACUCGCGUGUGUGACCAGUGCUACCGUUACUACAACAAAGAUGGACCAGCAGAGAAUCCAGAACAACCAGAAGCCCCGGACAGCGCCGAGAAUGAAAACCCACCACACUCAGCCGUGGUCAGAGUCCCCAAAGCACCUGAGGUAGAAUGGAUUUUGGACUUGAAUGAGGAGGAAAAUGAGCUGGUGCGGAAUGAAUUUUACUACGAGCAGGCCCCCAGCGCCUCCUUGUGCAUCGCCAUCCUGAACCUGCACCGGGACAGCGUUGCCUGUGGCCACCAGCUGAUUGAGCACUGCUGCAGGCUGUCCCAGGGCCUCGCCAACCCAGAGGUGGACGCAGGGCUGCUCACGGACAUCAUGAAGCAGCUGCUCUUCAGCGCCAAGGUGAUGUUUGUCAAGGCCGGCCACAGCCAGGACCUGGCUCUUUGUGACAGCUACAUCAGCAAGGUAGACGUGCUGAAUAUUUUAGUUGCUGCUGCCUAUCGCCACGUGCCAUCUCUGGAUCAGAUCUUGCAGCCGGCCGCAGUGACCAGGCUAAGGAACCAGCUUUUGGAAGCUGAGUACUACCAACUAGGCGUUGAGGUCUCCACAAAGACUGGGCUGGAUCCCACUGGCGCAUGGCAUGCUUGGGGAAUGGCCUGCCUCAAAGCUGGGAACCUCACUGCCGCACGGGAGAAGUUCAGUCGCUGUCUGAAGCCCCCUUUUGACCUCAAUCAGCUGAGUCAUGGCUCGAGACUGGUACAGGAUGUGGUUGAGUACUUGGAGUCCACAGUGAGGCCACUCCUGUCCUUGCAAGAUGAUGAUUACUUGGCCACCUUGAAAGAACUGGAAGCUACCCUUCGGACCCAGAGCCUCUCUCUGGAGGUGAUCCCUGAAGGGAAGAUCAUGAACAACACCUACUACCAAGAGUGCCUCUUCUACCUGCAUAACUACAGCACCAACCUGGCCAUCAUCAGCUUCUACGUGAGGCACAGCUGUCUGCGGGAAGCUCUGCUGCACCUGCUCAACAAGGAAAGUCCUCCAGAAGUCUUCAUAGAAGGCAUUUUUCAGCCAAGCUACAAAAGCGGAAAGCUGCACGUUUUGGAAAACUUGCUAGAAUCCAUUGAUCCAACCUUGGAGUGCUGGGGAGAGUACUUGCUCGCCGCCUGCCAGCAUCUGCAGAAGAAGAACUACUAUCACAUCCUGUACGAGCUGCAGCAGUUUAUGAAGGACCAAGUCCGGGCUGCCAUGACCUGUAUUCGGUUCUUCAGUCACAAAGCGAAGACAUACACAGAACUGGGAGAGAAGCUCUCGUGGCUGCUUAAGGCCAAAGACCACCUGAAGAUCUACCUCCAAGAAACCUCCCGCAGCUCUAAAAGGAAGAAGAACAACUUCUUCCGAAAGAAGAUGACUGCAGCCGAUGUGUCCAGGCACAUGAACACACUCCAGCUGCAGAUGGAAGUGACCAGGUUUUUACACCGGUGUGAAAGUGCCGGGACCUCUCAGAUCACCACCUUGCCUCUGCCAACCCUGUUUGGAAAUAACCACAUGAAAAUGGAUGUUGCCUGCAAGGUCAUGCUAGGAGGGAAAAAUGUCGAAGAUGGUUUCGGAAUGGCAUUCCGUGUUCUGCAGGCACCUCUUGACAGCACCAAGUGUCCAGGAAAAGCAAAUACCAGCCCCAAUAUCAUUACUACAAUCUUCCAAGAAAAGGACUUCCAGCUGGAUGCUGCCGCAACCUACUGCCGAGCUGCCCGGCAGUUGGUGGAGAGGGAGAAAUACAGUGAGAUCCGACAGCUGCUCAAAUGUGUCUCCGAGUCAGGCAUGGCAGCCAAGAGUGACGGGGACACCAUCCUCCUCAACUGCUUGGAAGCCUUCAAGAGAAUUCCACCCCAGGAGCUGGAGGGCCUGAUCCAGGCAAUACACCAUGAUGACAACAAGGUUCAGGCCUACCUGACAUGUUGCAAGUUGCGCUCCGCCUAUCUGAUUGCCGUGAAGCAGGAACACUCACGGGCCACAGCCCUCGUCCAGCAGGUGCAGCAGGCCGCCAAGAGCAGUGGGGACGCUGUAGUGCAAGACAUCUGCACCCAGUGGCUACUGACAAGCCAGGCCCGGGGUGCUCUUGGCUCCGGCUCCCGGAAGUGAGCGUGGGCAGUGGGCCCUGAGGACUGGGACAGGAGUGAUAGGGAUGCUCUCUACUUCUUUCCUCCUGUGCAGAGAGACUUCUCUGGCUCUGCCUGGGUCGGAAAGAGCUGGAUUGGACCCUCCUUGCCAUCUUGGGCAAAGACUGGGCCUUUCACACAAGUGCCAGGCUUCUCUAAGAUGGAACUCUGCUUGUCUAGAGAUGGCCAGUCUUCCUACCUCAGAGUGAGUGCAUGGCAUUCCUGCACACUCAUGUUUACGCGCAAGCAUUUCUGACAAAUGAAUCUCUUCCCCUACUGAACAGAGGCACUUUAUUUAGACUGCUGCCUGUCUGGAAACCUUCCCUGCGUUUUGGUUCUUAACCCGGGUCAUCCUGUUUGUGUACACAUUCCCCUCUGUGGAGACAUUCCCUUCAGUAGCUCCUCGUGACUAAAAGGGUUUUAUCAUGAAUUACAGAGCAGCACCGAAAGGAUUGCCUCUUUCCCCUCCCUUGCCUUCCCAGCAUUCAGAGAUGGCUUUGGGGCAGAGGCUGCUUGUGGAAUAAAACUGCUCCAAGUGUCUCUUCUCAAAGCACAAGAAGUUACCCUGAAUCUUUAGACAGUAGUCUGAACAGAAGGGUCCUCCCCCGGGUGCUGGCAUCUGACAGCUGUGGGUGCACAUACAAGUGAUCAGGUCUGGAAUCCCAGACAUGACAAGAGGGACACCACUGACUUCAUACAACAGGGAGAGAAGGGCUAGCCUCUCCAAACGGGAAUGCAGGGGUUUCUUACAAGCACAGCCGGCUUUGUGACUAUGCCUGCUGCAUAGUGAGAGGAUGUGGUUCCCUCUUUGAGAGUCUGGGGCGAGAACUGGUAGCCAGAAUCCUAGAAUGAAUGCCUAGACUUAGCCUAUUUGAGUGACAGUCCUAUUCGUGCCCCUUCAACUGGUUAGGAAACUACUUCCUCUCCUCUCCUGCUUCUGUGCAGUCUCUCCAGGGCCUCAGAACAGAUAAGCAGAGACCCAGGGUCAUGGGGUCAAGGGUUUGCUUUGCAGGUGGACUGCAGGCAAAAGUCAGAUCAGGGGACAAUGAAUAGGUUUCAUCCGGUUGGUGAAACAAGGUGAUGUGCUCCUUUCAUAUGGGCUUGUAUUCCCACGCGAGAUGUGACAAUGUUUUAGAGAGGGUCUGUUGUGCUCAGUGACCAGUGACAUGAAUUUGCAGAGGAGAGGCCCAAGAGAAGCUGAGCUGCUCUGAGCUUCCCACUGACCAGGGCUCAGCCUGCUGAUCUCACAUUCGCUGUUAAGACAAACAGGAACCAGAAGCGAAGUCAAUAUUUCUGGUGCUUAGAACCCUGUGGAUUUCCCUUGGAGCCAGGUAUUUUGGUAGUAAAUAAAUAAGUAUUAGGCACCUAUCAGGUUCAGAGUGUUCAUCCUGAUAGCAGGAAGUCUGCAAACAAAAUAAUUGGUUCCUUUUGUGGAAGGUUGACAAGUAGCUGUCUCCUGGGAAGCGUCAUUUCCUGGUAUCUGCUUGCCCCUCUGAGCCUGCCCUUUUUGCACUGAACAUAAGCACUUUAUAUGAAUGGUCUGCAGAUUUCGCAGCCCUUAACUUGGGAUGUUAAACCAGAUUUUCCUGACUUUUUUCUCCCAACUAGUUGAGCUAUAACAUAGGCAACCAUUGACAAGACUGACACAAGAUGAAGGUGAAGGCCUUUGAGCAUCACACUGUGGUCUCGAGCAAAACAACAUUUGGAAGGGUUGAAUGUUUUACUAGAAGCAGCCACAAUAAAGUCUGUCCUACCA